GAGGAAAAGUGGUGCCCCACUAACCAAAUACAUUGAGGUAGGAAGUCAACAGUAAAGCAUCUGUGAAUUUAUCGUUGUAUUGCGGCCUCAAGUAUAGGAAUUACUUAUUAUUGCCCACAGAAUACAAACACCGGCCACCCUCCAGCUCACCACGAUGCUGAAUCCAGUCAUGUCCAAGCUGGUCGGGAAACGUGUGGUGCUGGCCAGUGCUUCACCGCGGAGGAGAGAAAUCCUGAACAAUGUUGGACUUAGAUUUGAAAUCGUCCCCUCCUGGUUUAAGGAGACACUUGACAAGUCUGCUUUUGAAAUGCCUUAUGAAUACGCAAAAGAAACUGCAAAGGAGAAGGCACUGGAAGUGGCAAAGAGAAUGCAUUUGAAACACCUCAAGACACCAGAUAUUGUCAUCGGAGCAGACACUGUUGUGUCAAUUGACAAUGACAUUCUUGAGAAGCCUAUAGACAAGAAAGAUGCAUACCGUAUGUUAUCCAGGUUGGUUUCUGCACUUUGUUUGUUGCUCAAAUGUUUUAUCUUAGGAACAUUUAAUUUCAAACCAGUAUUAAUGUUGCUGACUCCCAUGUUUGGUACAAUAUAGGCAAUGAGACAUUAG